AUGGGCUACAUCAAUUUUACAACGGAAAAUCAUGGUGAGUCAAUUGAGCUACGCUGGCUUCCUAAAGAUGCGGCCAAGGACAAUGCAACCUCGGAUGACAUCUUCCGUAACUUGGGACCAUCUUCCCCAUACCGCCCGGCCGUUGACUUGUUUCCUGAGACGAUGUCCUACCAAUCUAUUCCACCUAAGUGUAAAAUUGAACAGGUUCAUCUCAUAUAUCGACAUGGCGCACGAUAUCCUAACUACGAAUCUAAAAAUGGACCCAGAAAUCUUGGAGACCGAAUAGCCAAUGCUAAAGCCACUCAACAAUUUUAUGCCAUGGGUGAUCUUUCCUUCCUUUAUGAGUGGGAGUACACCUUAGGACUUGCCAAGCUAGUCAAUCAAGGCGCUCAAGAUAUGUUUGUGGCAGGAUCGCAUGCAUACUACCAGUACGGUGCUUUACUUGACCAAACGACACAUAAGCCAGUCAUCCGCACAACAUCACAAAGCCGGAUGCUUGAUUCGGCAAGAUAUUGGACAUUGGGGUUCUUUGGCUGGGAUGCACCGACCAAGGUCCGCCUUGAAGUUUUGACCGAGGCAAAACAUAUGAACAGUACUUUGUCGCCCAAGUAUGCCUGUAAGAAUGCGAGAAAGAAACGUUUCAAAAUGGGGCGCCAAGCUAGUUCCGAAUGGGAUAAAAUCUUUUUGCCUCGCGUAGUUCAGAGAUUACAGCCAAUGUUGAGGGGCAUCAACCUCACCAAUGAGGACGUCAUGGACAUGAUGAGCACUUGCGCCUACGAGACCGUGGGGCUGGGAUAUUCGCACUUUUGUCGGGUUUUUACGAAAGAGGAAUGGGAAAACUUCGAGUACUCCAUGGAUUUGAGGUUCCAGGGUGACCAUGGUUUCAUGAGUCCCACAGGAAAGGCACAAGGCAUUGGUUGGGUUACAGAGCUCAAGCAUCGAUUGCUGCACAAACCCUUUACAGGACCUUGGUCGUCACAGAAUUUUACCAUAAAUACAGAUCAAAUCUACUUUCCUGUCGAUCAACCUUUUUAUGUCGACUUUACUCAUGACACCGUGCUUACGGGCAUUAUCACCGCACUCAACUUGACUCAGUUCGGCGAGUUUCUUGAUCCAAAGCAGUUGAAUCCGCAUAGAAGAUACCGCGCAAGUCAUGUCACUCCAUUUGCAGCCCGUCUAGUUCUAGAGGUGAUCGCCUGUGAUGAGGAAAAGUGGAUUCGUAUGAAGCUCAAUGAGGCUAUUAUACCCCUUAAUCAAGAUCAAGGUUGUCCUAACAGAAAGGACGGGCUAUGUCCCUUGACUGGAUUCAUCAGACAUCUAGAACAAGCCUAUGAUGAGUCUAUGUAUGGUUUGUCCUGCUUCGGGAAAAAUGGCACAGACUUUGUUCUCUAUGGUCCCGUGCACCGAGGCGUUCCAAGGCUAGUGCCACUGGUACCGUUGUUCUUGGCCACCUACGUCUGUGCCGACGAAGUUUACUGGGGAAAUGUGACAGGUACUUCUGACAGGCUAUUUCCGACCGAUAUUGGUUUCUACUCGGACCAAGUGCCGGGUGGAUCCCCUUUUAAUGCCAUGUCUGAUAGUCUUGGAUCCGAUCACCGUGAGUCAGUCGAAAUGCGAUGGGUACCCAAGGGUGAAAACCAUUCGCUCGCCAACUGGAAAGAUUUGUGGUUCAACCUUGGUGAUAUGUCUCCUUACCAUCCUGCUACGGAGUUAUUUCCCGACAUGGUACAGUAUUCGGCAGUUCCCAAGCAGUGCAGUAUAAAACAGGUGCACAUUCUUCAUCGUCAUGGAGCCGAAUAUCCUGACAAGGGCCACAAGUCUGGCCCUGGCAACUUUGGGAAGAAGAUCAAAGAGCAGCGAAAGAAAGGCGAACUGAAGGUCUCGGGCGAGCUCUCUUUCCUUAACGACUGGGACUAUGACCUUGGCCAGAAGAUCCUAACUCACUAUGGUUCGGAGGAGUUGUUCAAGUCGGGUGUCAAACACUACUAUGACUAUGCAAAGCUCUUGGAUGACUUCAAGGGGAAGCCUGUUUUUCGCACGACUUCGCAUAGCCGCGUUCUCGAUUCGGCGCGCUAUUUUUCUCUAGGCUUCUUUGGCUGGGAUGCGCCUUCGAAGUAUAACUUGGAGGUUCUCACCGAAGAAGAUUACCAGAACAAUACGCUCGCACCCAAGAAUGCUUGCCGCAAUGCCGACAAUGAUGACUUUAUGUUCGACAGCUACCUUAGCUCCCAGUGGCAGGCCAUCUACUUAGAAGCCCCUCGGAAGCGUCUCCAGAAGAGCAUUUCCUCGAUCAAUCUGACACACACUGACGUUUACAACAUGAUGCUCAAUUGUCCUUAUCUCACAUACGGUAUUGGCUUCUCCGAUUUCUGCCACCUUUUCACCGCCGAGGACUGGCGCAACUUUGAGUAUGAUCAGGACCUCCAGACAUACGGCAAGCAUGGCUUCAUGAACCCCACCGCUCGAGCGCAGGGUAUUCCUUUCGUGCAAGAUCUCACCGCACGUUUACUGAAGAAGAGGUUCACCGGUCCUGUGACGGCCCAGAACAUGACGCUCGAUCUCAACUCCACCUACACGCCCCUCGAUCAACCAUUUUAUGCCGACUUUUCCCAUCACAGUGUGAUUACGGGUAUUAUGACUGCUUUGAACCUCACGCAGUUCAAGGACUGGCUCAAUGCCACCAAGCCGAACCCUCACCGCAAGUAUCGUACCAGUCACGUCACACCUUUGGCCAUGCGCAUGGCCUGGGAAGUGAUGGAUUGUGACAGGAAUGGAGGCAAGGAAGAGUACAUCCGCAUGAAGUUAAAUGACGUUGUUUAUCCCUUGGACGAAUCCAAUGGUUGCCAGAAGCGCAAGGAUGGUCUGUGCAAGCUAACAGACUACACAGAAUUUCUUGCGAACCACGCAUACAAGGCCUCCAAGUUUGACCUCGUGUGCUUUGGCAAGAAUCAAACUGACUUUAUUCUCACGGGUCCUGUCACCGAUGGUGUCAUCCCCGACGAAGAUAUUCGCUCUUAG